AUGCAUAAUUCUUGGUGGUCAGCGCUGCGUCGAUUCAUGGUGCCGCCGAUCCUUCGCGCGGUGGACAACGAUGAGCCCAUGGACUUCCUAACAGAGAUCCGCCAUGUUGUCGUGGUCUUCCUAAAUAUCAUAACCAGGACAGUCACUGAAAACGUGCUCAUUGAAGUAGUUGAUAAUGCUUACAAAAUUGUUUGCUGUGUGACUGCGGAAACUGGCGGUCUGGUGAACAAGGUAUCUAUGUUCGAUAAAGAUAUGAUGUUCCUCAUGGUUUUCGGUUUGAGAGGUCUUAAGCAUGAGGAUGAAGCACAAAACGCACUCCUGUGUGCUAAUCAGCUGAAGGAGCAUCUUAAUGACGUUAAUAUUACCACAGUCAGCGUUGGAGUCACGUCGGGAUCCACUUACUGUGGAGUGGUGGGUCACGCUUUGAGGCGAGAAUAUACCGUUAUCGGGUCUGCUGUGAAUAAGGGAUCAAGAUUAGCCGGAAAAAGACGUCUGAUGGCCGAAUGCAUGAAUAUUACACCGAAAUUUAUAGAAACAGAUCAAAUUGUUCUCACAGAGAAAGAUAAGAUUCCAUAUCAGCUGAUACGCUUAAUCAUGGGCCGCCUCUUCAAAGGUAUCGGUCGGACGUCACGUGAGAAUAGAGAGAGUAGAAUCAGAUUUACGGUGGAUAUGACGUCAUUGCGCCCAUUGGAAAUCCACGCCAUCAAUACAAUAUUUGACUGCCGGUUUCCAUUGCCAGAACACUUCGCAUACGAUAAAGACCUGCUCAGUGAAUAUCAAAUCCGAGUUCUGAUGGAGAACAUUUUUGAGGCGAGUUUCAAGGAACUUCGACUUGUGUCUGUUCUAGAAGCUGAACAUAUCGAUGAUGAAUCGUGGAAGAUGCUUUUGUUAAUCCUUCAGUUCAAGAUAUGCUUCGUCCUCCUGACUGUUACCGACGAAGACAUUCUUUCGCCGGUCGCCCGUUAUGCUUUGAACAACCAUAUGAUCGUAAAAAUGCAUAUUGCCGGAAUUGAUAGGAGAUAUCUAUCAGCGCUUGCUUGCCAGUUAUUGGAUGUACAGGCUAUACCAUCUGAGUUAGAUAAGGUAAUUGAAAGCGCAAGCGACGGUCUACCUGGUUGGAUACAGAACUUCCUAAUUUGCCUGGUACAGAGGGAGCAACUGACAAUGGUCACUGUGCCCAGGUCACAGGCGUUAGAUACCGGCGCGCUGAUACCACCAAUGUCACUUAUAAAGAAAUCUGAUGGCAAAAUAAGACUUCCGCCAGAUGCCCUCGGAAUGCGACAUAAUCAGAACGAAGCGAACUACAGCGACAAUCACCAAACGGACAUAAUACAAAUGGCUGUCCUGUCAAAAUAUUACAAUUUCGAAGACGUAAAGGUUGACAUGAAGAUGGACGUACUAAUACUCAAAACGUACGAUUCACUCACGCCAUUCGAGAAAAUGCUGUUAAAGUGUGCAUCCGUUUUGGGCGAUGUCUUUUCGAGACGAAUGCUCCUGCAUUUAUUGCAAUGCGAUGAACCUCGGAAAAUAGCUCAAGGUGAUGUCAACUUCCUGAGUGAAAUGCACUCCCGAGCUCUACUGUAUCUAGAACGAUAUACGCGAAAAUGUUCGUCCUGCGGUACCGGUUGUUUUUCUGUGUUGUUCGGGCUUAGAUGUAAUGAUGGCUUAAAAACGGAAAGUGAAGAAUUGAAACUAACUCGCGAACAGAUACGAACUCUUAACGCUGAAUCCAAAGUAUCGGAGGGCAACAUCUACAGCGCUAUUGGAAAUAUUACGGAGUUUGGACACAUCGGCCGAAAACACAGGAACACACUCACAGAAUCUGAGGCUGAUUUGAGACGUGUCAGUAGAUCCAUUCAAAUUAGAAAGGAUACAAAAAUUCCCUCUUUCUCUUCUGUGGAAUUAAACGCCUGUGAAUGCAUGUCAAUAUUGUUGACAGCAUACUCUCAAGCUAUCUCACAUUGCCGUUGGGCCGGUGACCCUGAGAAGUUAUUUGAUACAUAUAUGGAAUACGCAGAUUUGUGCGUGCUAAAUGCGAAUAUACCUCAAGCCAUUCAUCUUCUAGCAGAGGUAGAAGAAAAGUUCACGUUUCGUUUAUGCCAGCGGCUAGAAAAUAAAGCGCGGGAACUAUGUAACCGGAAACGCGGCCAUGUUGAUAUUGUAGAGUCGCACGCGGUUGGCUAUCUUUAUACAAAUAUAUUCUUGUACAAGUACGGAUCCUUCUUUAAAAACUACCCACCCUUUUACAUUUCCGUUUCUAGUGUUCAGCGUGGCAAGAAAUUGGAGAGCUUAGAAUUCGGUCUUUCUGUCAUGCGAAUUAUGACGGAUGUAUCGGAUACGACCACACGAGAGUCGCUCAUAUUUUGGAUUCUUAAGCUUCUUCUAACUGAACUACGAGUUCAACAAAUGGUUACUAUUAUGAAAGAGUUCAUUUAUUAUGAACAUUACGAUGUUAGCUCGGAAGUCUGGUAUCACUACAACGCUAUGUCCAUUUUCUUGGACACGGGCUACUGCGUAGAGUCGUACAAGACUUGUGAGACCUUUUACGUCCAUAAGGGAGAUAUGUUUCCGAGAUCAAAAACUCCCGAGGCUGGUUGGAACUUUUGCGCUUGCAUGUGGCUAUUUACAAUACGAGUGGGAAUGUGGGAGAAGAGUGUUUUAUGGAGUGACAAAAUCAAACUGAUCCAAGACAUGGAAUGUACAAACCAUGAAUAUUACACAUCGAUGUUACUUUUGGUGGUUGAAGGGUAUUUGGUAGAUUUGGUGCGGGAGUACUGGAAGCGUAGCCUUAAUCCAAGAUUAGAAAACUACUGGUCGGAGCACGUAGAGUCAGACACGGUCUUAAACUACAAGGAGUUUGAAGUCGAAAAGGGUAAAAAAAUAAUACCUUACACGUUACCUUUGCCCCAAAUAUUUCAAUAG